AUGCUGAAUUNUCUGGUCCCUGUUUGGUUGUUUCUCGCCCAAGUCCCGUUCGAUGUGGCUCUCGAAGCAGUCAAUAUGAAGUUGGAACAGUACGAAGAACGAAUACAUAGCAAUACUUUGCCCAAUCAGGUCAGUUUAGAUCAUCUGGUGGAUGAGCUACGUGAGCUGUUAUCCACUGCUUUGCAAAUUACAGUCACCUAUCGGAAACGUCUGAUCACGGCGUUACAAUUGGAUACGAUGGCUCAAUUGCGAGUCCCGGCCGGUGUGUCCCGGGCACGCAGACGUGCCACCCGUUCGGUCAUCGGUUGCAUGCAUUCCGAUUCGGAUUCGGACGUUCCCGGUGGAAAAGAUCCCUAUCUGUCUGGGACAAUGUCCGGUGUGGCUCGACCGGGACCACCGGGGCGAUGGCCUGAUUGGUUCCGUCGAGCCACGCAUGAAGUUCGCGCGUUUCUGGACGAUACUUCACCAACUCCGGUCGGGCCGAAUCAGACUGUGGCUAGUCGUGCAUGGCCUGUCAGUUUGCCCGUAUUGCUCGAUGUCUAUGUGGAUUGUUUCACUCGUGUCAUUGAUGCUCAGACGUGGGUUGGAGAAGGAGAUCAGGAAAAAGUCGAAUUGCGCGCAUAUUUCGGCACAAACGAUUACGAUCCAAGUGUGUUGCGUAGCCGUAUCGAGAGUGUGUGGAACUUUCUGCGCCGGCUCUACCGUCAGCUCUGUCGAUGUCGCGGUGGAUUGCAAUAUUUCUCUAUGCGGAAUGCCAGUCUGGCAGUCCGCAUUUUACCUCCGACCGCGGAGGCCUCGUUCAUUCGUGCCUGUCAACGUUUGCUUGAACUGAUAUCCAAACAGCUGUGUCCGGCGAUCGGGGAUUGGGUCACCUCUUCUCUGGCUAUGCGCGCGCAUCGUGCUGCUCUUCGGUCGGAUAGCUGCCCGCUGGAAACCACUUUGACCGCCGAUGCCGAAAACGAGGGACGAAAAAACGGUUGUGCCUCAGACUCAUUUUGCGCCUCACCGAACGGGAGUUUCGAGUCGGCUUCACCUCCGUCCUCAUCAUUAUCUGCGGCACCAGGCAGUUCGGGUCACGCUGCCGGAGGGAACAGUUUACGGAUAGAAUAUUUUCAGGAAUACAAUGAAACUUGGCGUGAGCUACGAGCUUGGCUGAACUGUCUUCUGGACUUGACGGGUGUUAUGUGUGGUGAUCUGGACACAUCGGUCGUGUUGAAUUUCUAUGUACCACACAAAUCCAGUUCCCGAGCCGGCUCGGUGCUGUCUUCGCGUUACGUGUACGACGGUUUGUCUCGGGUCUCACCAGUCCCGGAUCGUAACUCUCCACCGUUUGCGCCCAGUGGACUUACGGGGCAGUUCUCAGUCGAUUCGGAACCCGGUGAUACGCGAAUGAGAGCCUAUGCUCGUUUUUCACGUGAGCUUCGGAGAACUGGGCAUGUUCUGUUGCAUUCGUGGGAUCAGCCCAAACUGGAUGCUCUUGAUCUGGACGUGGAAACCCAUCCCAGUUCUGGAUUAGCUACUGCUUAA